AUGUGUCCAGCAGACCCAGCAUCUGAGGGUCAGCAGUUCAAAGAGCCCUACGAGCGUUUCAUGUAUCAGCAUCUCCAAUACUACGGCUAUUUCAAAGAUGAGGAAAAUGCUCUUCAAAACCCCAUGUUACCUUUUGAGAGCCGGAAGAAGAACUCUUGCCAUGUGUUGAAGCCAGGCAACUUCCACAAGAGAGACAGAACAGAACAUGACUCAGACAAAAAACUACUCUGUUCACUUAUGAUGGAGACAGCACUUCUUAAAAGCAAACAACUUAUGCUUGACCAUCCAGAGGGCCCUGGUGUUCUGCGGUUGCGGGAACCUCGGAAUCUUUUUUCCCUUCCUAAUGGUAGAGAUUCAAUCUUAGCUCCACUCUGGCCAAUGGAGUGUGAAGUAAUUGAGGAUCCUAUUCUCCACAUUGAGUGGGUUCCCCCUGAACCUGAACCUUUCUAUCAGCCAACAGGAAAUGAAUAUGCACCAGAAGUAAAGGGAGAAGAUUAUGGAUCUGUUGUCUAUUUUGUAGAUCCAGCAACCAAGGGCACUUGUUUUACUGGUUCCCAAGUUGGAGGACCAAGAGAGUCCAUCAAAUCAGCUGCAACCAGCUUAAGGAAUCAAGAGGACACUGUACUGCUGUUUGAAUCACGCUUUGAGAGCGGAAACCUCCAGAAAGCUGUCAGGGUAGGCGAGUAUGAAUAUGAACUCACAUUGCGGACAGAUCUUUAUACUAGCAAGCACACACAAUGGUAUUACUUCAGAGUACAAAAUACCAGAAAGGAUGUUACCUAUCGCUUCACAAUUGUUAAUCUAAUGAAAGCCAAGAGUCUCUACAGUAUGGGGAUGAAGCCUCUCCUGUACUCUCAGAUGGAUGCUCAGUCACAUGGUGUUGGCUGGAGGAGAGAGGGUAGUGGCAUCAAAUAUUAUAAAUAUAACACAGAGGAUGGUCAGACCCUGUAUUGCCUCACCUGGACAGUGUGCUUUCCAUACAGCCAUGACACAUGUUAUUUUGCUCACUUCUACCCCUACACUUAUUCAGAUUUACAGCACUACCUCUUGUCUUUGGUAAACAAUCCACUCCACUCUCAGUAUUGCAAACUUCGCCCUCUGUGCAACAGUCUAGCUGGGAAUAUAGUAUACCUCCUCACUAUUACCAAUCCAUCCAAAAGUGCCGUUGCUGCAGCAGCAAAGAAAGCCAUUGUACUAAGUGCCAGAGUCCAUCCUGGAGAGACAAACAGUUCCUGGGUGAUGAGAGGCUUCCUAGAUUUCAUCCUAAGUGAUUCCCCUGAUGCUCAGCUCCUUCGGGAUCUCUUCAUAUUCAAAGUUGUGCCCAUGCUAAACCCGGAUGGAGUAAUUGUGGGGAAUUACCGCUGCUCGCUUGCAGGAAGGGACUUGAACAGGAACUACAGGACAGUAUUGAAGGACUCUUUCCCCUGCAUUUGGCACACUCGGGCCAUGAUCAAGAGAGUCCUUGAGGAACGGGAAGUCCUGCUGUAUUGUGACUUCCAUGGGCACAGUCGGAAGAACAAUAUAUUCAUGUAUGGCUGUAACAACAAAUAUGCACGUGAACAACUACUCCAUGAACGAAUCUUUCCUCUUAUGCUGAGCAAGAAUAUUCCUGACAAGUUUUCUUUCAACAGCUGUAAGUUUCAGGUCCAAAAGUGUAAAGAAGGAACAGGACGGGUUGUGAUGUGGAGAAUGGGAAUACUGAAUAGUUACACCAUGGAAUCUACAUUCAGUGGAUCAACACUAGGUAAUAAGAAUAACUCUCAUUUUACCUCUGAGGAUCUCAAAUCUUUGGGCUAUCAUGUCUGUGACACCUUAUUGGACUUUUGUGAUCCUGACCGUUCCAAGUUUCAGCAGUGUCUGUCUGAACUUAAGGAGCUACUGAAGCAAAAAAUUCAGAGGAAGCUCUCAGAGUUGGGCCAUGAACAAAACAGUACCUGGAGUGACAUCUCUCUAUCUGAUGUUGAAACCAGCACAAGUGGCUCCGACAGUUCCCAGUCAGAUGGGCCCCCUGCACAUUUGCUGAACAUGGUAGAGAAGGAUUAUGGUGAGAAGAAGAAAAAGAAGAAGAAGAAACUGUUGCGAACAAGGAAGGAAAGAAAUGAUUUGCAUAAGGAAUAUGCUCUGAACCAUGUACUGAAGGACAAGGAAGAUGUGGCAAGCACUAAUUCUCCAAGCCAUGGAAAGCGCCAUAGUCUUUCCAAGAGAUCACGAAAAGACAGCAAUUCAGAACUAAAGAACAAGCUGGUGAAUCAAGAAAUCUGUGUACGUCAGGUUGGUUUGUGGAACACAAUCUUGUCUUUUGGGAAAUAUCUGCCUGAACCAGGAAAUGGCCAAGAUCUAGAUGGUUCACUUGGUUCAUUUUUACAAGGAGAAAAUCUAAGUAAGUAUCAAGACAUUCCCUUGGGUAAGCAGAGCAUCCCUAUAACUGAAUGUGAGAUCAGGAUCAAGGAUCCACACCCUAUCCUCAUAACUACGAUUCUGCCAGCACAGCGUCAGAACCUCAUAACAUCACCUAUCAAACAACAUCCACCUCCCUUUCAUGUGCAGCCAAAUGGAGAACUUCAUGGGAAGCAGAAUGCAGGCUCCUCUGUUCCAUCAUCCUUUCCUGGAGUCAAGCGGUACAGGUCCAUGUGGUGGAAUCCAGAAGUGCCUUCUGUGACUUUAAUGCUGCGACGAAGUCUUUCAUUGAAAUCUGAGAGCGUUCCCGAGAAGAAGCAACUGUGGCACUUGGGCCAAAGCAAGUCACAAGUUCUUCCCCGCCGAGAAUUCAAAUGGAAACCCCUCCAAAUUGACCACAUGCUUUUGAAGACAGAUAUUGAACAUCAUGCCAAAGCGCCAAACAAGAGCGGUCAAAAGCAUUUAUCACCAGGGAGCAGAGCGGUUAGCCCAAAGACAGAGUUUCUGUAUAAGGAACGUUUGGUCCCCGCCCAUGAAACUAUGGAUUUUGAAUAACCUGUACUAAGUUAACAACUGGUCAGGAGGAAAGCUGGCACUCUCCUGUUGCACACUUAUUACAAGAGUUUGGCAAAAAGUCUACUGCUUUUUUGGUGGAAGAGAAUUUGGAGUCUGGGCAAAGAGGAGAAUGGAUUUCUAUUCUGUUAUUUCUAUAGCUUUAUAGCUGAGUAACUGAUCUGAAAAAGCAAGAUUUUUUUUUGUAUGUUGUUUGGUUGUUUCUGUUAGUAACUUAGGGUGGUAGAAUUACGCAUUACAGGAAGAACACAGGAUUCCCAGCCCUGCAUUUUCUUCAUAAAGCAACGAUGGAGGUCAGGGGAGCACUAACAAGGGAGAAUUGGCAGGUGGAUGGGGCGCCGGCCUGACCUGCCUACAGCUUCUGCCCUGCAAAUGUCCCUCUGGCUAUUUCUAAUCAUUUCCCCCACUCCAGCUGGGCUCCAAGACUAGCAUAAGGGUAAGAUUUGCAGGAGAGAUUUGUUAAGCACUGUUCCUUCCUUUUGCU